AGAAAAGAAAAAAAUGUUUGCCAAAGAGAAGACAGUAAUGGAGGAGAACCGGGUGAGACUCAUAUGCACACGAACCGUAGUGAGCACGAAACCGGUUGAACAAGGGCGAGUGUACCGGUUCUCAGUAUUCGACCACGUUAUGGAACCGAAUCACAUCCGUCUAGUAUACUAUUACCAGUCUUCCAGAACAAGAGAACCGGGAGAAAUCACUAAAAAACUAAGGGAAUCAUUAGCGUAUACUCUCAAUUGUUAUCCAAUUGUAACCGGGAGAUUGGUUAAGGAAACUGAUGGUACGGAAGAGAACCGGUGGAAGGUGAAGAGCAACGACGCCGGGGUGAGAAUGAUUGAGGCGAGAGCUACCGGGACGGUUGAGGAAUGGCGUAGGAGUGUAAAUAGAGAGGAAGAGCUUAAGCUUGUUCAUUGGGAGGACAUGUAUCACCUUCCUUAUUAUUGGUCUACCUUUUAUGUUCAGGUAACUGAGUUUGAGAGUGGUGGGUUAGCUAUUGGGUUAAGUUGUACACAUCUAUUAGCUGAUCCAGUUUGUGCAAUGAUGUUUAUUCGAACCUGGGCAGAUUUGACACUGACUCGAAACAUGAUGACUCCACCACUCUUCCACUCACUCCCACCUCGCAGGUUCGCUAGCCAUAAGCUCUCUAGCAACCAACUUCUUAGUCAUUACAUCAAAUCUUGCUCCCUAACAGCUCCACCUCCAAACCUAACGGAGGAUUAUAUGGUUACUAUUACCCUUCUGUUCCCGGAUCCGAUGGUCCAUGUUAGCGAGAACGAGCCAGGGCUUUCAGCAUUUGAGAUCUUGGCUGGACUCUUUUGUGUAUGUAUGAGUCGAGCCAAAGGGAAGAGGAAUGAGCUUACAGACAUGUCCUUGUGCUUAGACGUUAGGAAACUAUUGCGUUUAGACCAAAGUUAUUUCGGUAACUGCAUGGUUUAUCACAAGGUUCACUAUCCCCAACCAGUAAAAACGAAAGAUAGGUUAUUAUUAUUAUCUUACGUUGUUCAAGAGAUUCAUAACGUAACGAAGGGACUAGACUACCACGCGGUCAUGGAUUUGGUCGAGUGGCUUGGUAGCAACAAUAACAAUCCGAUAUCCAACGGUUCGGAUCUCGUGUGUACUAAUCUAGAGAAUAUGGGGAAUCCACGUCCAAUGAUGUUCGAGGAGGAUUUGAUAUUAAGCCACGUAUCUUGCUAUGUUGAAGGGCAUGUAGCUGGAGGUGGACAGAUCAUAGUGCUUCCUUCACCGUCUGGUGAGAGACCAAUGAGCCGAGUUGUUAUGGUCAGUCUUCCUCAAAGAGAAAUGGUUAAGGUUUUAGAGGAUGAGCUUCUUCAAAGCUUUUCUCCUGUUUUACUUAUGGAAACUACAAAACAAAUAAAUCAAUAAAGAUUAACAUAGAUAGAUAUAUAA